AUGGAGGAGAAGGGGGGGCGGGGGGGGCAGGUGCUGCAGGUCCCCUCCCCCCACUGCCGCAUCCGCAGCAGGGGGAUGGCAGAUCCCUUCCCCCCCACUGCUGCACCCGCAGCAGGGGGAGGUAGGAGAAGGAUGAGGGGGAGGGGGGGGUCGGUGCUGCAGAUCCCCUCCCCCCCUCUGCUGCACCCGCAGCAGGGGGAGGGCACCGGGGCCGCGGUUAGGGGCGGCAAGUCGCGAGGGGCCAUGGCUAGGGGCGACGGGGCCAUGGCUAGGGGCGACGGGGCCAUGGCUAGGGACGGGGCCGGGCGCUGGGCAGGUACGGGGCCGGGCGCUGGGCAGGAACGGGGCCGGGCGCUGGGCAGGUACGGGGCCGAGCGCUGGGCAAGUACGGGGCCAGGCGCUGGGCAGGGACUGGGCCGGGCGCUGGGCAGGUACGGGGCCGGGCGCUGGGCAGGUACGGGGCCGGGCGCUGGGCAGGUAUGGGGCCGGGCACUGGGCAGGUACGGGGCCGGGCGCUGGGCAGGUACGGGGCCGAGCGCUGGGCAGGUACAGGGCCGGGCGCUGGGCAGGUACGGGGCCGGGCGCUGGGCAGGUACGGGGCCGGGCGCUGGGCAGGUACGGGGCCAAGCGCUGGGCAGGUACGGGGCCAGGCGCUGGGCAGGUACUGGGCCGGGCGCUGGGCAGGUACGGGGCCGGGCGCUGGGCAGGUACGGGGCCGGGCGCUUAGCAGGUACGGGGCAGGGCGCUGGGCCGGGCGCUGGGCGCGGAAUGGGGCCGGGCGCGGGGCUAGGUACGGGGCCGGGCGUGGGCUAG